UCGAUAAUAUACUGCUGCUUUGUAACAGAGUCAAAAUUGCAUUUAUUACCUUACCAUGUUUACCAAUAAUAUAUCCGACUAUAAAUUAAACUCUACAAUUAAAACUGGAAAAUUUGGAACACUAUAUAAAGCAAAUUAUCUCAAUAAAAAUAAAUGUGUAGUUAUUAAGAAGAUUUCAGUGGAACAACAAGCGGAUAAACUGGCAAUGAUAUGUGAAGAUGUUUUAAAAUUUCGACAGUUUAAACAUAAAAAUAUAAAUACCAUCCUGCACUGUUUUGUUUAUAAAAAUUAUGUGUACAUAGUGUUUCCAUUUAUGUGCUUCGGAGACUGCCAAACAUUACUUGAAAAUGUUUUCACUUCUGGCUUUCAAGGAUUUCCAGAAAUUUUAAUAGCACUGAUAUUUAAAGAUAUAAUGUGCGCUCUGAUGUACAUACACUCUCACCACUUCGUUCACGGAUCUUUAAGGGCUAAAAAUAUACUAUUAGAUAACAAUAAAGCCGUUUUAUCCAAUUUUCGUGACUCUCGAUCUUUUAUUAAACAAGGUAAAAGAGAUAAAGUUUUAUAUGGAUCAACAGUGGGAAAGAAAGAAAAUUUGAACUGGACAGCUCCAGAGAUAUUAUAUCAAAAUUUAUAUGGAUACACAGAGAAGAGUGACCUAUAUUCGAUUGGAAUCACAUCUUUUGAAAUGGCAAAUGGCUUUCAGCCAUUUAUGGAUUCAGAACUAACUUUCAUGUGCACAGAAAAAAUUCGUGGAAAUCUUCCUUCAUUGUUAGAUAAAUCCAGUCAAGGAUCAACUUCAAUUCAUUAUUCUCGAGAUCCAGUCCCAGGUGCAAUGCACAACCAGCGAACAUUUUCAGAUGACUUUCACCAGUACAUUGAAAUUUGCCUAAAUAAAAAUCCAACGUGUCGCUGGAGUGCACAGAAAUUGAUGACGCAUUCGUUUUUUAAGCAAUGUCGGAAUUCCUGUAUCUCAGAUCAAAUCAAAGUAUUGAGCUUCGAAUUUCAAAGAUGUAUUUAUGUUAAGGACGAACCAGUACGUUCAGCUAAUGUCAAUGUGAAACAUUCGGAUGAUGUAAAAUGGAGUUUUUAAUUGAUGUAAAUUCAAUAUGUUAAAUUGAUUGAAUGGCCACUAAGUUACUGAUACUAAUACUAGUUGAUAUUUUCUAAAUAAUAUGCUUGAAAUAUAACAGCUGUGUGCAGACAGGUCUGUUGCUGUCUCGCCGACUUCAUACCAUUUAUAAGAUACUUAAAUAAACUAAUUGAACAAU